AUGUCUUCCCUUGCGGCCACGGCAGCCGCCUUCUUCUUUUGGCUGAGGCCGGAGACUGAACAAAGCACAUUUUCGGCGAGUGCCAAUGGCGCCGCCACCCGUGUUUCGAAGCGCCAGACAAAGACGGAUCGAUCCCCGAGAACGGAAUAUCCCGACAUCAACACCCUCCGUAAUGCCAUUCCGGCACACUGCUUCCAACCAUCCCUGUGGAUAUCCUGCGCGUACCUCGUGCGGGAUAUCGCCUUCAUUUCCGCGCUUGCCUACGCCGCGAUAACCUAUAUACCCCAGGUCGAGAAUUCGUACCUCCAUGCCGCAGCCUGGACCGUGUACGGCUUUGUGCAGGGCCUGGCAUGCACCGGCCUCUGGAUUCUCGCCCACGAGUGUGGCCAUGGUGCUUUCUCUCUGCAUACUCGUGUGAACAACGUCAUUGGCUGGGCUGCGCACUCAUUCUUGCUCGUGCCCUACUACUCCUGGAAGUUCUCCCACGCACGCCAUCACCGCUUCACGGGUCACAUGGAGAAGGAUAUGGCUUUUGUGCCUCGAACCGAGGAACAACAUCGAAACCGGCGAUUCUUGGGCAUCUUCAAGGUCGAUAGCGAUCUCUUUGAGGACGCUCCCAUUGUGUCCCUGAUCCGACUACUCUCCCAUCAGCUGUUCGGGUGGCAGGCGUACCUUUUCUUCAAUGUUACUUCCGGCGUCGACAGCCUUCAGCGCGAGCCGUCGGGAUGGUGGCCUCAAAGCCAUUUUGACCCCACCAGUGCCAUCUUCAGGCCUAGCGAGAGGCUUUACGUUUUCAUCACCGAUAUCGGUAUCUUGAUUACCGCCGCUAUGAUCUAUUAUGGCACGACCAUUUUCGGGGCAUGGAACAUGUUUUUGCUCUAUGGCGUGCCAUAUUUCUGGGUGCACCACUGGCUGGUGGCCAUUACCUACCUUCAUCACACGCAUCCCGAUCUCCCUCAUUUUGAUGCCCAAAACUGGACCUUUGUCAAGGGUGCUCUCGCGACCAUCGAUCGGGACUUCGGCUUCAUUGGCCGAAACCUGUUCCACGGCAUCAUUGAGACACACGUUGUCCACCAUCUCUUCUCUAAAAUCCCCUUCUAUUACGCCGAUGAGGCGACUGAGGCUAUCAAGCCCAUCUUGGGAGACUUGUAUCACAGCGAUCACACGUUUGUCGACAAGCUUUGGCCCACAUUUACCGAAUGCAAGUAUGUCGUGCCGGACUCGGCUGCAACCGGUGAGAUGCAUUGGGCCCACAUGGUGAAAAAUGAGUAA